ACUAGAUAUCAUACUCCUACCAACCCAUAAACAUUAGUACAUACCCAUCAAGCAACCCCCCCUCCCCCCACUUCCUACAAACUUUGAACCCUAACGUUACACCCCCGGACAAAAAAAUGACAACAAAAGGCAGCUGCUUCUGCACCGCCAUCCGCAUCGAAUGCACCAGCCCGCCCCUCACCACGGGCCUCUGCCACUGCCACGACUGCCGCAAACUCACGGGCUCCGCCUACUCGCACAGCGUCCUCGUGCCCACCGGUGCCUUCCGGGUGGUCGCCGGCACGCCCAAGGCCGUGGCCAAGACGGCCGAUAGUGGGAAUGCGGUGCGGAAUUAUUUUUGUGGGGAUUGCGGAUCGCCGCUGUAUGGACACAAGAUCCAUGCUGAUGGGCGGCCGGCGGAGGUGACGGUUGUGAGGGCGGGGGUGCUGGAUGAUGCUGGGGUGUUGGAGAGGAGGCCCGAGGCGGAGUUGUUUACGGGGAGGCGGUUGGGGUGGGUUGGGGCGGUGGAGGGGGCGGGGCAGGUUUGUGGGAUGUUGGAUUUUUCUUAGUUUAGUUGGUUCAACUUACUUGGUCAUUCUUGGAUGUAGAUGUGUGGGUUGUUGGGGGAGAAGGAGGUUGGAUAUUGGGGGAUGGAAGGAUUGUAUAGUAGCUAGUUCAGGUUGGUGGUGUGAUGAACUUGAUAUCGUUGUGGUCAACUGA